AUUGCAUUGACUUUCAAUAACCCUGGUAUACAGUAAGGAGUCACACACCGGAUCUUUUCCCGUUACAUAACCGCCUUCGUUUUGAACUAUAAAUACCAGAUUCUAAUAAAUCAUUUCGCGCCUGUAUCAUUUGCACACAAAUUCUUCACCAACACAUUUUCUAGGGUUUCGUUGCGACUCAUCUACUGAUCAUUGAGCUGUUGAUCAUCAACACACCUGCAAAUUUCAGUGAAAUCGUCUAAUUUGAGUGCAAAAUGAGCAAGCUAGUAGGAUUAUCAGGCAUGAAGAGCCUCGAUCGUUUCAAAUAUUCGUUAGGAUCGACUUCUUCUAGUCCGGCAGCUGCAAAAACUUUCUAUAUUUCUUCACAUCAACCUUCGAAUUCAAGUUCUUCAGGAAGUUUCGCUAAUUUGAAGCUCGCUGCAGAGAAAUUGGUGAAAGAGCAAGCUUCAUCGAAAACAGAUCUAGACCUGGCGAAUUCUAAGAUUAAGAAAUUGUCGGACCAUAUUCAUGUGUUGGAAGAGAAGUUGCAGCAUGCUUAUAAUGAAAAUGCAAAGCUUAAAGUGACGCAUAGAGAAGAUGAGAAACUUUGGAGAGGACUAGAGUCAAAGUUCUCCUCCACAAAGGCCAUAUGCGAUCAACUUACUGAAACGUUACAAACUUUAGCUGAUCAGGUUAAGAAUGCUGAGAAAGACAAAGUCUUUUUUGAAAAUAAGCUGUCUGAAACUUCAGUAGCUUUAGACAAUCUGAAUGGACAGAUGAAAUCUCUCUCUCUGAGGCUGGAAUCAUCAGAAGAAACCGUCAGGACUCGUGACAAAGAGUUGAAGGAACUUUGCAUUGACAAGGAAAAUGUAGAGAAACAACUUAGAGACGAACAUGACAAAGUUCUCAGUCUCAUCAAUGAAAAAGAUAAUCUAAUCAAGAAAUUUGAAGAGACUGUAGCAUCUAAUGAAUCAGCCAUAGAGAGUUUGAACUCUAAAUUGAGUGAGUUGAAAAUUGAGCUAGUAUCAAAGGAAGCUAAACUAAACAACAUGCAAGAAUCAUGUGAAAGGAAGGAGAAAGAGAAUACUGAUCUUAUAGCCUGUAACAAGAAGUUAAACGGGCAUUUAGACAAAGCAAUGCAGGAGAACCAGAAUCUAGAAAAUUUUGUUAAGAUGCUAACUGUUAAGCUCACAGAUUUGGAUAAACAGAGUCUAGACUUUUGGGAGAAGGUUAUAAAAGUCGAUGCUCUAUUUUCUUCUUGCUUUGAGUUAGUACAAGAGGGAAAUAAACUUGCAACACAAAAGGCACAAAAGCGUUUUGAUAGUCUUCAUGGUCAACUAUUGAAGACCACAUCAGGAAAUGAUGCAUUGCAGUUGGUUAAUAAAGAGUUGGAGAAUAAGAUCAGUGAGCUCCAGAAUGAUCUAAAGUUCACAAUGAGUCAGCAUGCAGAAGAAUCUCACUUAGCAGAAGAGAAGAUUCAGAGGUUAGAGUCUGAAGCAGAAACGCUUCUUGCAAAGAAGGUUGAACUGGAUAACGUGAUUACCACUUUGGAGGAUCAAAUCCGUUCUUUAUCUGAAGCUUCUAGAUUAUCAGAGAUACAAAUGCAAGACUUUCAGUUAAAGCAUUCAGAGUCUGAAACUGAGAAUAAAGAGAAUAUCAGGAAUCUUGAAUCCGAGAUACAUAGAACAAAAGAGGAAACAGAUACUCUGAAGAAGGAGAUUCUGCAGCAUGAGCAGCAUGUUGACUCACUCGAGAAACAACUUAAUGAGCUUCAUACGUUACUACAGGAGAAGGAACGGGCUGUUUUGGAAUCAAACGAAAGAGAGAAACUUCUGGAAGAUCAAAAGGCAGAGGCUCAGAAGUUGUUCAUCGAAGCUGAAGGUAAUCUGAAAAAAGCUAAGAAGCAAUAUGAUGACAUGCUGAGAAGUAAACAGUUAGAAUUGUCAAAGCAUUUGAAGGAAAUCUCUCAAAAGAAUGAUCAGGCGAUAAAUGAAAUUCGAAGGAGGUAUGAAUUGGAAAAACAGGAAUGCAUAAAUCUUGAGAAGGAAAAGGCGGAAAAGGCAAUUGUAGAUAUGGAAAAGAAAUGCGACCAAAAGCUUUCAGAAUGCAAAGAGGAAUCAAAGCGGCGACUGAUGCAGUUAAAGGGAGAACACACUGCUUUGGUUAACAACAUCCAGCAGGAGAACGAUAAGAAGGAAGCUAAUCUAAAAUCUAAUCAUACUGAAGAAGUAAAAAAGAUACGACUUCAGGCUGAGAAUGAACUUAAAGAGAAAACAAAGUUAAUCAAGAAUCAACAUGAAGCUGAGUUAAGGGAAUUGAGAUCUCAACAUGAAGAGGAGUGUAGGCAUCUCGAAGAGGAGCUGAAUAUCCAAAAAGACAGGGUGGGCCUGGUCAAGUUGGGUAAACGGGUCAAACUUAGUUCUAGAUGGUAUUUAUCACAGGAAGAGAGACAGAAGGCUUUGCUACAGUUGCAGUGGAAAGUAAUGAGUGAUCAGCCACAAGAAGACCAAGAAGUGACCUCAAGAAAGGACAUGCCUUACAUAAAUGCAACGCAGUCGCCUGUAACCAGCAUGUUAAAGAAAGCAGACAAGGGUAAAACAGGAAAUGUGAUUAACAUUCCCAAGCAUAGUAAAAAGGUAACUCACCGAGAAUAUGAAGUUGAAACUUCUCAUGGUACAACAAUCAAGCGGCGAAAGACAAAAAGUACAAUCAUGUUUCAGGACUCAAAAAAGAACAAGAGGCAAACACCAAAAGCCAGUACCCCUAGGAAUGCCAUUAAGCGAGUGAAGGGCGGGAGUCAACAAAAUCAUCAUCCUAAUAUAGGCGAUCUAUUCACAGAAGGGUCGUUGAACCCAUAUGCAGAUGACCCUUAUGCAUUCGACUAAAGGUAGUAUCUGAUACCUCAUGAAAGUAAUGUGUUUCUAAACUUGGAUAUUAUGUUUUCUUUUAUGCAUUGAAUUGAUAGGAAAGUAUUAUAUGACCCUGCUUCUCUGUUUUACUUGAUCAGAGAAUGACAAUCGACAAAUAUGAAUAUACACCAUAUAUCUUUUAUAUA